CAAACACACAGAAAACACACUAGAGCCUCAUCCUUAUGUCCACUACAUUUAAUAACAACCUCAAAAAACAUUGCUAGGUGCUAUAACACACACACACACACACACUAUAUCUAGCACUAAUUGCAUUCUUCUUAACACACACACACACACAGAGAGAGAGAGAGAGAGAGAGAGAGAGAGAGAGAAACAAUGGCGAUGAAGAUGAAGACAGCCAAGAAAAUGAAGGGUUUCAUGUGUCACUCUCAUGCAUCAACUGCAGUUUGCAUGAGCCAAGACAACCGGUCAGUGGUCGUGCCAGACAGAACGCUCGUCGAUCAUGUCAGACUCAUCAACAGCACCAACUACGUUCGACUAGGGGAACAACAACGUCGACGCUCGAUUAGUCACUCCUCGUCGGUCGGGACGAGAGCAUUUCCUGUUUGUCUGAAAACAGAUCAAGAAAAGGUGGCUCAAGAAGCUACUACUACUACUACUUCACUAGCAAUAUCUGGUCAUGACAAUGUCUUUCAGGUGGUUGUGAUGAGAGUGUCGAUUCACUGUCAAGGGUGUGCUGGUAAAGUUAAGAAGCAUCUGUCCAAAAUGGAAGGGGUGACGUCAUUCAGCAUUGAUCUAGAGAGCAAGAGGGUGACUGUGAUGGGACACGUGUCACCAUCUGGGGUGCUGGAGAGCAUAUCAAAGGUGAAGAAGGCAGAAUUCUGGGCGUGUUGAUGAAUUCUAUUUCAAUGUGUUCUAUGGAAGAGAGGGAGUGGCCAAAUACCAAAGUUUGAGUUAAGAGGGAUUGCUUUUGUUCUAAUAAUAAUAAUAUGUUUACUUCUGUGCUA